UGUUACCAAACAGAUGGUAAUCAGCCGUAUUCCAUCUCGAGUCAGGGUAGGGAGGGGGCCGACUUCUUCAACUCUCUGUGGAACUCUGGUCCCCAAAACCCUCACUCGCAAUGGCGAAUCUCUGUAUCUCAACCCUCAUCUUGCUCUCCCUCCUUCCGAUCGUUUGUCUCUCUUUCUCUACCGAAAGCCCUACCGAUCGGCGUAUUCUGGUACUGCUAGAUGACUUCGCCAUCAAGUCCUCGCACUCAAUCUUCUUCAAGUCUCUGCAGUCCCGCGGGUUCGAUCUCGAUUUCAAGCUCGCCGACGAUCGCCAGAUCGCUCUCCAGAGAUACGGCCAGUACUUGUACGAUGCGCUCAUUCUGUUCGCCCCGACGACCGAGCAACUUGGCGGAUCUCUGGAUUUGGCUGAUGUGUUGGAUUUCGUUGAUUCGGGACACGACUUGAUUCUCUCGGCUGAUGUCAAUGCUUCUGAUUUAAUCCGGAAUAUAGCCACCGAGUGUGGAGUUGAUUUUGAUGAGGAUCCAUCUGCUAUGGUUAUUGAUCACACUAGCUAUGCUCUUUCUGACACUGAAGGAGAUCAUACACUGAUUGCCUCUGAUGAUUUUAUUCAAUCCAAUGUGAUACUGGGAAGUACAAAAAUUGAGGCCCCUGUACUUUUCAAAGGGAUUGGACAUUCACUAAAUCCUGCCAAUAGCUUGGUUUUGAAAGUUCUUGGGGCCUCUCCUUCAGCAUAUUCUGCCAAUCCAAAUUCCAAAUUGUCAAAUCCUCCAUCCCUGACUGGAUCUGCUAUAUCACUAGUUUCAGUUGUACAGGCUAGGAAUAAUGCACGGAUAAUGGUCACUGGCUCUUUGGAUAUUUUCAGCAACCGGUUGUUUAAAUCAGGUGUGCAGAAGGCUGGGAACUCAAAUAAGCAUGAAAAAUCAGGUAACGAGCAGUUUGUGACUGAACUUAGCAAAUGGGUAUUCCACGAAAGGGGUCAUCUGAAGGCUAUUAAUGUUAGACAUCACAAAGCUGUUGAGACAGAUGAGCCUUCAAUGUACAGGAUUAAUGAUGACCUGGAAUACUCAGUUGAGAUUUAUGAGUGGUCUGGAACAAGUUGGGAACCAUAUGUGGCAGAUGACGUCCAAGUGCAGUUCUACAUGAUGAGCCCCUAUGUGUUAAAAACUCUAUCAACCAAUCAAAAGGGGCUGUACCAUACUUCGUUUAAGGUGCCAGAUGUCUAUGGAGUUUUCCAGUUCAAGGUUGAGUAUCAAAGACUUGGAUACACUAGCUUAUCUCUUGCAAAACAGAUUCCAGUUCGACCCUUCAGACACAACGAAUAUGAAAGAUUUAUAACAGCUGCUUUCCCUUACUAUGGGGCUUCAUUUUCUACGAUGGCAGGGUUUUUUAUCUUUAGCAUCGUAUACCUAUACAACAAGUGAGACCGUUUGGAGGUAACCUUUGAUGACGUAAAGAUAAUAGUUCCUAGACUUAUUUUAUUGUUAUUCUGUAAGCGAAAUUGAGGGAUCUAUCCAGUUUUCCCCUCCUCAAGAGGUAUUCUUAAGGAUAGAUGUUGUCAGGGCUAACCGUACCAAUUGUCGUCGGUAGUAUCUUUUAUAUAUACUGCUCAAAUUAUGGAAUGUUUUGACCAGUUGACAUGCAAUCUGGUCCUUGCUACAUGAAGCUCCGCCUUUGGGCAUUUAGGUGAAAUUACAUUAAUGGGCGUUUCUGAGAA